AUGCGCCACUCUUUUGCAAGGCUCGCUUUUGCCUCUGUGCUGGCUGCAGCUGAGGCUCAGCAGACUCUCUAUGGGCAAUGCGGAGGCAAUGGCUGGACAGGUGCCACGAGCUGUGUAGCUGGCGCGGCCUGUUCUACCGUCAAUCAAUGGUACGCGCAGUGCUUGCCGGCCGCAACCACGUCGACAACCCUUACAACCACAACAUCAGCCACGACGACAACCAAUCCCGGCUCGUCCACCACGAGCUCGCCUACCGUCACGGCAACUGCAUCCGGUAAUCCAUUUAGUGGCUACCAGCUCUACGUCAACCCUUACUAUUCAUCCGAGGUCCACACCCUGGCCAUCCCAUCUCUCACUGGGUCGCUUUCUUCCCUUGCACCCGCAGCUACUGCCGCGGCCAAGGUUCCUUCCUUCGUGUGGCUCGAUGUCGCCGCCAAAGUACCCAGAAUGGCUACUUACCUCGCGGACAUUCAAUCGAAAAACGCUGCCGGAGCCAACCCGCCCAUUGCGGGCCAGUUUGUUGUCUAUGACCUUCCGGACCGUGACUGCGCUGCUCUUGCUAGUAAUGGCGAGUACGCGAUCGCCAAUAACGGGGUGCAGUAUUACAAGGAAUAUAUCGACGCUAUCCGCGAGAUUCUUGUGGAGUAUUCUGAUGUUCAGGUUAUUCUUGUUAUCGAACCCGACAGUUUGGCUAAUCUCGUCACAAACCUAAACGUGGCGAAAUGCGCCAACGCGCACGACGCCUAUCUCGAAUGCACAAACUACGCCGUCACGCAGCUCAACCUCCCCAACGUAGCCAUGUAUCUUGACGCCGGGCACGCCGGCUGGCUCGGAUGGCCCGCAAACCUGCAACCGGCCGCAAACCUCUACGCAGGCGUGUACUCGGACGCCGGCUCCCCCGCCUCCCUCCGCGGCCUGGCCACCAACGUCGCCAACUACAACGCCUGGACAAUCGGUACAUGCCCCUCGUAUACACAGGGUAACUCUGUCUGCGACGAGAAGGAUUACAUUAAUGCGCUUGCGCCGCUCCUGCGUGCGCAGGGGUGGGAUGCGCGGUUUAUCACUGAUACUGGCCGCAACGGAAAACAACCAACCGGCCAACAAGCCUGGGGCGACUGGUGCAACGUAAUCAACACGGGCUUCGGCGUGCGCCCGUCGACAAACACCGGCGACGCCCUGCUCGACGCCUUUGUCUGGGUCAAACCCGGCGGCGAGAGCGACGGGACGUCCGAUACGUCUGCGACGAGGUACGAUGCGCACUGCGGGUACUCUGACGCGCUCAAGCCGGCGCCCGAGGCGGGGACGUGGUUCCAGGCAUAUUUUGUGCAGCUUUUGCAGAAUGCGAAUCCGUCGUUCUAG